CUGACACUCCAAAAAGCUCAAAAUGGUUUAAUACGAUUUCUCUAGUGUUUGUUUUAAAAUUUUUCUGAACCUGCACCCUUUGUGCAGUGUUUCAAAUUUUUGAAUUUGAGCGCCGCUUUGGAAACUCAACAGCGCGUCAAGAUGAGUAAGUUGUCAUUCAGAGCUCGACAGCUCGAUUCCAACAAGGCGCUUCCAGUCUAUCGGGCGGAGGAACUACCCGAUUUGACGGAAUUCAGCACCAUAAACCGUGCUGUGCCUCAAAUGCCUACUGGAAUGGAGAAAGAAGAAGAAACGGUGAGUGAAAUAAGUUGUCAACUUGUAGUAUUAUGCUCAUUUAUUUAACAAAUUAAAGAAUGUGUGAUAAGUGAUUAAAAUUUUCAGCCUCUUAAUGAUCCGACCAUCCGUCCGCAAAUCGAAAAGUUUCUAAGCGUUAUUUUCGGCUUCUGAUCGAGUUUAAAAGCUUUGUGAAAUGUACUUCUGUUUUGUUCACGUGAUGUCGAUGCGUAAACCCGCCAUUUUUGAACGGGACUUGCACGAUACCCGCGAAACGCGGAAGUGAGCAACUUAGUAGAACUUCACAGUAGAACUUUAACGAUUUCGCGUCUCUUGUGGAUAAUUCAUUGCUUUUCGGAAGUUUUGUCUCGAAAAUCUUUAGUUUUCCUAAUAGUUUUGAAAUGUACAAAUUGGUCAUUUCCUUUCUUUUUGGGGUAGGGAGGGUUAUGCAAUUCCUUAUUUGAUUAUGUAUGUAGCUUAGCAUCAUUAAAAGCUUUAAAAUUAUAAUUAGGUAUGUUGAAUGUUUUUAAGUUAACUGCUCUUAGAAUUUUAGAAAGAUUUCUGAACAGUCCCAUACAUAAACUCUCAAACUACCCAUCAUAACAGUGAAUGUCAAUAGUUUCAGCCAAAAAAUGUAUGGGUAACUUAGUGUAGGAAUCUUGUCUGAAAUUUCUGGUAGUUUUUCAUAUUUUGAUUUUAGAAAACAAGACUAAUUUAGUCAAACAAACACCACUGUAGUUAUGUAAGGUACAUAACCACCAAAGAACUUUUGAUUAAAUUCUGUAAUCUGCAAUGAAUAACAGUCAUAAGCCAUAUGUUAAGUGUGUUACAAUUUUCAAACAAAAUUAUUGUCAAACUUGAGACAAGGUUUGCUUUCUUCUUUCCUCCACUUUUUUUUGUAAGUUUACUGUUAUGGAGACACAAAGAGUGUCUAUAAUCCUAUGAUUUGUAUGACAGCUCUCAACCACUACAUACAGAAAAUGUCUUACUUGAAUCUAAUUAACCAGUGUUGAGGCCUUCUUAGGAGUGGCAUGUAUUUCCCUAGCCUUACAUGUACAGCAGAACCUCGAUAACUCGAACUCGGGUAACUUGAAUUUCCCGCUAACUCGAACUAAAUUUCCUUUCCCUUGAUGAAAAUUUCACUGAAAUUUACCCCAAUAACUGGAUUUCCCUGCUAACUUGAUAUAUAUAAUCUGUCAGCAAGCUACUAAACUGAAUUUUGUGACAAUUGAGCAAUGGUUUGUUUACAAUCAUACGUGAUCAUGCAGGGUGGUCACUUACUGGAAACAGAAAUCAAAAGAAUAUGUCAAAUUUCUGGCUGUAAAAGUGCAGCAUCCCAGUUAAUUCUUUCAAGCGGGGGGUCAUGUACAUACAUACAUACAUACAUUUUGUAUAAAGUACAAUUAUAACAUGCCGAUGGGUAGCUAAGCUAAUCAAGGCGGGUCAUGUUUACAGGAAAUAAUAUUUGAUACAAUGAAGAAAAAAGAAAUGAUCUUCACUAGCCUAACAACAAAUACACAUAUGCAAGAACGCGGAGCGCUAGCUAAAGCGUCCGGUCAGUCUCGUGGUCAGAAACUUCGAAUCUUUUGCGACAUAAUCAUUGUCCACCUACUACUUUGUCUCCUUUCCAGUUCUUCUUCUCAUGUAGACCAUCUGAGGGUUCACCAAGACCACGUGCUAAUUUUUUUUGUUAUAUUUAACGUAAUACUUAUAUGUCUGUGUAGGAACACCAUCUCCAGAGAGCAAUUUCAGCGCAGCAGGUUUACGGAGACACACAACAGCUAGUGAUUCCUACACCUGAUACAGAAGAAAUAAAGGAAAGAGUAGUUGAAACGCUUUACCAAGAUCCUUUCAAACAACCAAAACAAUACAUUCACGUCCAAGGUUAGUAAGUGAACUUAUGUUACAUGUAGCAGCUGUCUUUACACAAGAGAUACAGCCAUACAGUAGUAGCAAAAAUAUAUCCUGUCUCAGGAGACAAUGCAUUGUUAUUUAUGAAAAACUGAAUCAUUGGAUAAUGCAAUUCUAGAGCUUUGAUUGGCUUAGCCAUCAUGGUAUAUGAGCUAUGCUCUCCAAAUAUGGUAACUGUAUGCAUCUGUUCAAAAUUAAAAACAAGCUGAAAAUCAGUUGUUUUUACAAAUAUAGUCGGAAAGAAUUCUCGAUAUUUUGUGGGUGUUUUUAAUAAAACAAUAAUUCCACUCACGCUUGUUGGAUAUGAGAUGAUUAUAGCAAACAAGGCGUGUAACGCAGAGUUGGCUAUCUACCAUCUCAUUUCCAACGUGCAUUCUUGGAGUAAUUGUGAAAUAUCCAUUAAGUAAUGGACACCUCAUUACACCAGGCGUGAGGACCAUUUCGGUUGAAAAUGCGCUGAAUGUAACCCCUACUUUACAUAAUAACCUUGCCACGAUGAUAAAAAUAUGAUAGCAUAUGAACACCAGAAAUAGAAAUGCUAUGGUAAAAGGUAAUACAGUAUGGUUCAAAUGAAGGUUACCACACUCUUCCAAGAGAAGCAUCUCAUCUGAUGAGACAACAGUUUCUUCUUGAGAGACAUGUCUUGUCUCAAGAGACAAGGUUCUUGUCUUGGGAAAUGGUUAAAAAUCUUCAAGUAUAAAUAUUGUCACCUUUCCAGCAUUAUAGUAGCCUGUGGAUACAACCAUCUCUCCUUGCUGCUAAGGGUGUUCGCAGGAGAGACAUCUAAGCCUUAACAACAGAAAUUUUAUAUCAAUAAUGUAAAAUCUGUCCUGAAUCUGGCUGGAGCUCUGAUUAGUCAAUGCAUUAAUUUUAUUCUUUUAGUUCACAAAGUUCAAAUGUAAAAUUAAUGUGAUGAUUCUAGCGAAAAACAGUCAUUAUUUUCUUCUUUCGAAGAAGAAUUUGAUUUUUGCUGUAGCUCAUUUGCAAAGAACUUAAAACUUUACCAUAAUAGAACAUGAGAAACAUAAACUUGAAAUUUACGUUAAUUUGGAACCCCAUGACUACAAGAGUAAUUAUGAAAACAUUGAUUGACAUCAUUAGUAUGGCAUUUCUGUGGUUGAGGCACAGAUUUCUCUCCGGCAAAAUGUCCCUAGUUGCAGGGAGCAAGGAGAGAUGACUGUAUUUGAAGGCUUAAGUUAUAGUGAUGGUAGCACAAACACAAAGGUUGGAAAUUUUUUAUAUUUUAUCAGUGGAUCGUACUAUGCCCCUAACUCUCACAAUUCCCGAUCCAGUGGCCAUUGAUUUUGUAGAGGGUAAUUUAUGGAAGAGUGUUCUUGAUCUUUGUGGUGCAGUGAAAGGUGAAAAGCUAUUAAAUGGUCUUUUUUUAGCUUUCAACUUUGAUGAGGAAGUGCCCGAAUAUGACAUGGACUCUGAGGAUGAGGAGUGGCUGAGGAAUUUCAACAAAAAGAAGGUGAGAUUUCUCCCUUAACACAAAGUUGUCUCAGUAUUGGUCAUAAAUAACAAUCACUCACUUCUGUGUAACUUGUUGAAAGAUUGACUUUUCUCAUACUGACAAAAGUUUUUCAAUUUCAUUAGGAACUAUUGACACCCCUUAGAUUUGAACAGUUACUUGACCAGCUGGAAAGAAAUUCGGGAAACCAGGUAACAUUAUAAUACUCAUUUUUUUGGUACAGGACUCUCGGUAAUCUUUGAAGAAGGUAGCUUGGAGUUUUUGCCUGUGGGAGAGAUUGCAAAAUUGAACCUCAAUUAAAUGGUUUUGCAAUUUUGCUCCAGCAAAUGUUGGGAGAUAAUCAGACCAUGCUGGGCUAAACAUUCCCCCAACAAAACAAUGUAAACAGAUAAUUAUGUCUAUCACCAGAAGAGAAAAACUAUACAGUGUAGAUACACUGCACUUGCGUGUUGAAAGAAGUUGAGGGAGAAGACCGAACAGCUUCAACAUUUUGAGACAUGUAACUAUGAAAGACAAUGUGUAAAUAAGUUUGCGAGCUUUUUCAACCUGUCACAACAUCUCAGAUCAAUGCUCUGAGGGGAAGUUGAACAGUCUCAACUGUGUCUCUCAACAAACUAAUGUUAAGACAAUGUUGUGACAUUGUUGUGGCCAUUUGUUUGGGGUUUUAAUGGACUAAAUAAAAAUGUCCUUCUUUUCCAGCCUGUGUCAGCGAAUGAAGCCAAGUCGUUAUUGAAGGAUUUGAGUCCUGAGAUCCUGAAGCCUUUAUAUGAUUAUUGGUUAAACAAAAGAAAAAAGAUGGUAAAGCACUUAUAGUACUAGUAGCAUAAUGACACAAUCCAUGGGAAAUUAUUACUAAAAUAUAUGUAAUUUAUACUUAAAUAAUGAAAUUGAAUACAUGCAGUAAACAAACUUUUUGUUGCUCUGCCACUUCCUCCUUCAAUGUUAGGGGGGAUUUUAAGUUGUUUUUUGUAGUUGAAAACAUGUAGCUAGAUGUUUGAUUACCCAGGAUGUUGUGUUACUUUGACAAGAAAAUGUGCUUGAAAGUCCACCAUCUACACUGUACCUGUUGUUCCUUUGAAAUCAUUUCACAACCCUUGGGAUUUUAUUUUCUGAAAGUUAUCUCAAAAUUUUGUCCUUUGUAAGUGUGUAAAUUUGAACUUUGUCAUUUGGCAUCAAGAGCAAGAGCCAUCACAGUACUUUACUGGUGAACAAGGUUUUGGGCAGGGUUUUCUCUUUUUUUCGUGCCUGAACUUGAAAGGUUGUAAUUUGGCAUCCGAAUCAAACAGCUGAACUAGCUUCAUUUACAUUCUUGAGCAGAAUCACCAGGGAGAUUGGGUUAGUCUAUGGGCUGAAAUUAUGCUUCAUUAAGAGUUAAUGUACUGUGAUUAACUGACAUCUUGUUGUUUUCUUGUAGAAGGAUCUGGUGAUUUCACUGAUCCCUCAGCUUAAAGGCGAAAAGAGGGAUGGUACAUCAGCUAGUGAUCCAUAUGUGGCAUUUAGAAGGAGAACAGAAAAGAUGCAGACGAGAAAAGUAAAUAAUGUUUUCUUAUAUAAACACCAAUGAAAUACCAAGUGAGCUUUUGUGUAAAAACUUUAUAUCUUCACAUGUUAAAAUAUCACCAUUGCUAUGGCUACAUAAUAAAUCGUACCUUUCACACCAAAAAACUAUCUAAGUAAAAUGGUUUGGUAUUUCAUUGGUGUUUAUAUAAUAAAAAGAACAUUACAUGGUCGCUUGGAGAUAUGAAAUUUCUCUUGUUGUGUUGGAAAAAAUAUCCAUAUUAUUUCAACACUCGAAGAGAAAUUUCGUAUCUCCGCGCGGCCAUGUAAUAUCCUCUAUAUUAUGCAUUUCUAGAAAAUAUCUCUGAAAAUAGCUUGAUGUGCUAGAUUGUAUAGAUGUAAAACAGAAUUGCCAGUUGGUUAUCGUUAUUUCAGAAUUUAGGAUUUAGAAUAAGGUUCCUUUUGUCAGCUGAUCCUUAAAUCUUAAACUUCUCCAUCUUAAGGCCUGAAGUUUAUAACUUAUGAACAUGGUAUUAGUUACUGUACUUUAACAGUUUGCAUUACCAGGGCUUUUUGUCCGAUAGUGCAGUACAAGUUACUUGCCCAGCGGUUAAGGGUCCAGGCAAGUCAUCCUCUAACUAAAAUAAUCAUCAAACUUAGAUGAGCAAGAAGUGGUCCCAGGCAAGCAAAAAUUAAUGUGAGAGCUGCUUGCCAAAAGGACAAGCAGUAAUUCAAGUUUUCCUUCAUUACUCCCCAAUCAUAAAACGUUUAUAGCACAAUACACUAGUUGUUUCCAUUUCUUAUCUUUCAAAGUGUUCUGAAGUGCUUUCGAAAGCUGAGUGUUGUGGUAAAUGUCUCACCGGACUAUUUUCUUUUCAGAAUCGUAAGAAUGACGAGGCUUCCUACGAGAAAAUGCUGAAACUCCGUAGAGACUUGAAUAGAGCUUGUACAAUUUUGGACAUGGUUAAGCGAAGGGAAAGCUCAAAGAAGGAGCUUCUAAAGCUUACUGUUGAUGUGUUUGAGAAAAGGUAAUGUCAGUUAAGAAAGUUAUGAAAAAAAUAAAAAUAUCAAUAUCAUGAUCCACUUAAAUUUAUUAAGAGUUUAAACAAUUUGUCUCACAGUAAUUCUGUAAUUUAAUGAAUUUCCCCCCAAAAUUUCACUUGCCCAUCAGGUAAGAUAAGGAAAGAAUUGUUUAGCAAAACGUGGCUGGCUGUGGAUUCAAAGUAAGUUUUACUAAACAAAUCUUUGUGGAUUUUGUAGAUAUGCCGCUGGAGAUUACGCUGGUCAAAUCCUUCAACAGUGUAUGGAUAUGAUCAGAUAUCAGCCCCCUGCUACUAACCUUACAGUGCCGACAUCAGCUGGUUAUGGCGAAAAUGUCACACCAGGUGCGAUGACAGCUGGAGAGAGGGAGCAGGAAUUGUGGAGACGAGGCUUACAUGUGAGUUUUAACACAAUGGUGUAUCAUAAAGGUCAUUCAAAAAGCAAAUUAUUUAUUUUAUUCAUUCCCUGCUCCAUCAUCAUGUGUAAGCACUGUAUCAACAUUCUGGUCCUAGCAGUAUGUGGGAUGUUUGUCACAUGAACCUAGUUUAGUGACCUUAGCUUCCACGAGUAUCCUGUAGCUCAGUGGUAGAGCCUCUGGGCUGGUACCCAGAGGGUCGUACAUGUAGGUUCGACUCCUAUUGGGAGUACUUUGAAUUUUUCUUCCGAGCUGCCUGUCUCACUGACUGAAAAGUCAUCUUUCGCAUGUAUUCACCAGGGCCAGGUUGUUUGAAGCUGGGUUAAGGUAACCCAGGGUUAGUGCGAAAUUUGAACUCAGAUAUGAGAGCCUAAAAAGCAAACUCAGUUAAAUUCUCUUUGCCUACAAUUUGAUGAUUGGAUACUCUAAAAAGAAUGGAGAAAAUUACCUGAGGGAGUGCUUUUGAUAAAAAGAAAAUGAACGGUGGGUUAAAAUUUAACCCUGGGUUAGCGCUAACCGGCAUUCAAACAACUGGGCCGGGAUAUCACAUCUCUAUCAGGGUUUGACUUUAUUUGCAUCAUAAUAAACCUAGUGAAUAAGUGAUGGUGGAUGACAUUCAAUGGAUAUAAAAUUAGUUUUGAUCCUGUCUUACUUUUGUAACUACCAAACUACAUACUUAUCUUUCAACUGUUCUUCCAGGAAAGACAACGGGUAGGGAAGAAUGAUGUAAUCAAUGAAUUAGGGUAAGCGAUAUAACUUGAAAUUAGUUUUAAUAGCGAAGCCUUGAUACACAGUGGACUCCAUUAUACACCUAUCUAGUUAUUACAGCCACACAAACCAAAUGUGCUUUGAAACAAACAGACAAGUGAUAAGCAAAAAUACAUCUCGAAACACAAAAACGAUAAACGAUACUCCUUUUUAACUGAAAGUGUCUAAUAUCAUAUUAUUCACUUUUAAUAUAGCUAUUCCUUUACAAAUUCAGCAGUGUAAAAGCACCCAUGAAAUAUGACCCCACCCCUCAAAUACGGCGCCUCUGCUGAUACUGUCAAAUUGUUAUGGUCCGUUGGCAGCGGCAUUACUCUAAUAGACACAAGAGUAGAAUUCACUUGAAUAACUCUAGAAGAAGAGUUGAGUGCAGCUGGGUUUACUUCUUCUUGAUUUGUUUUAAAAGCGUAUCACCAGAUUAAGCAGUAGCUUUUAAGACAGAACAGUGAAGUUCGAGUUCUGCAGUGUAACUUUUUUUGUUGAAGAAAUACAAGAUUAAUACUGCUGACCUUCCCCCCUCAGAAUCAAGAGACCCAAACUUCAUCAACAUGCCAAGGUUUCUCAACCAGGAGAUCAGUUGGUGUUUAGUGAUGAAGAAGAGCUCAUUCGUGUUUCGCCUCCUCCGGUAUGCUAUCCUAAUCUUGAUUUAUUAUCAUGAUUUUCAAAUUGAAUUUCUUCCAUGCCCUUUUUCUGCAGGUUCCUUGCUUAGUUCUCCAUUCACUUUAAAACCAUUUGUUAAGAGGCAAACUGAUGUUGAAUUGUCUUGUUGUGCAGGUUGAUAUUCCUUCAGAACCUGAAGAUGACGAGGAUGAUCCGGAUGGUAGAUUUGCAUUUAAAAGAAAGCGUGGCGUCAAAUACAUGGCGGUGAGUUGGACAAGUGUUUUAUUUCCAGAGAUAAUUUGCAGUGGGGGAUUCAUCAACGAGUGGGGGACUCGCUCACCCCCAGACCCUGAGAUAAGUGGGGGGGGGAGGGGGAGGGGGGGAGGGGUGGUUGCCGGCUUCCCCCAAAACGACGAUGGCGACGGCAACGAGAACGGCAAAAGCAAUAGGUUAAGAUUAGCAUCGAUUAGCAAAGCCUUACACGUGCAUCACGCUUUUUGUAUAUUUCUUUGCCGUCGUUGGACGACUACAACGUGAAACUUAAAGUGAAGUUUAAAACAGCACGAGAAUUUUUAAGUGACGUUUUCGCAGCCCUCGCUGUCGUGGUCGUUUAAGCUCCCUUUUUCUCGGCCCGGCGGGCUUUUGUUGGCCUUAAAAUAAGGUGCCAGGGCCCCGACCCCCUCGGGCCCCUUCUCUAGAUCCGCUAGUGAUUUUUGUACAUAUGAAGCCGUGUUUUCUUUGUGGAUUCAAUAAAGUUGGAAUUUAUUUCGAAUGUUCUCUUUCAGCCUCGAUUCGAUUGCCCUCAGCCUCUCCCAUGGAUCGAUCCAGCGGAAGGAGGUCUGGGUGACAAGAGAUUUCGCUUCACUUGUACAUCAAUAUCGUCUCCACAGCGAGUUAUUGGUUUCGCGCGGAGAAGAAUAGGACGAGGUGGCAGGUAAAGCUGAAGAGCCCUCACGUUAGAGUGGCUGCAAUGUGUACAGUAUGUACUCGAUUAAGCGCCGCGGUCCUGAUACAAUUAAAAUCAAAAUAAUUCUUUAGUAAUACCAUUCUUUGUCGCGUCCAACUUUCAAAUAAACGCCGCCCUCGAAUAAGCGCCGUACUUGAGGAGUAAACUACUUAAUUAAGUGCUGCGGUGCUUAUUCCAGUAAAUACGGUAGUCAAGUAUUUAAAGUAACAGUUGUCACAUCGUUAUCCCCAAAUCAAUAAAAUGAGGCAUUUCCAUCAAUUAGAAAAACGAGGGCGAAACCACUGUUCAGAAAGCACUGCAAGUCUGUGCUGUUUGCAAUUCCCGUUACAAUGCCAGUGUUGUUAUAUUUUCAGUCAGCAGUGAUUUGCAGCGAUUUUCAGUGAUUACUACUUAACGCCAUAUCGUGUACAAAACUGAUAUACGUUUUGAUGAAUUCAUUGCCUUUCUGUAUAGGAUAUACAUGGACCGAGGCUACAGUCCUUUAUCUGAAGACUUAGAUGAGCUGGAUUCGCGUCUCAACUCCUCGACGUCUUCAUUUUCGUUACCAAAUGGUUUGUUUCCGUACGAUCACCUCACCGGCUGGAAGAAACCUUUAUUGUAAGUAACAGCUUCUCAGCAAAUCGAAUCAGAUUGUACUCUAAGACCAUAAACGCCUCACUAAGAUACAUUUCUCUUUGUUUUUAGGCCGCAUUUCAGACCGAAAUCUCCACCCAGUCAAGUCACGCUUUCUUCCCAUUCGUCAUCUUCUGUAUCGUCAACUGAUUCACCUUCUGCCAGUAAACAGACCGGGGAGCCAAGACCGCGCCUUCAUAGAAGCUUUUCCACGCAACCAAGAUCGAAAUUCUCACUUAAUCCCACCCCUACAAAUGGUGUGGUGGGGCUGAACUUUACGCAUCCCAACUUGGGCCGUAACGCUCUAACGAACGGACCAUUAUCGAAUCAAGGCGGUUACACUACGGGAGCGCUUACUAGUAAAAACACUGCCUACUCUACGGCACCUAUGAAUUCAGUGUCCGCUUUGAAUUUUCCUGUGAACUCUGGACACACAAUAUCGAACAGUUUAGUGCGCGGCAGUGCGCCGUUUUCUCCUUCGGCUCUUAGUUCAUCAUCAUCGGCGACUUCAACGUUGAGGGCGGGCAGCGUUGAAAAUUCUGGCGCGGAACAAAUGUAAGUGGGGAUAUUGUCUGCUACAAUGUAGUUAGUGGCACCAUCGUGCUCUUCUUGAACCUCCUGUUUUCACUGUUCUUGACUUACGCCUCCCCGACCUUUUUUCGGUUCAGACAUCCGCUCCCCUCCCCCCUUUUGCUCCUCUUCCUCUUCCGGUUUUCCCACCUUCAGAUUUCCGCUCCCUCAAGCCGAUAGCUGAUUAAUAUAGGUGCGCUAUGCGUAAGAUAAAUCCCACGAAAUGAGUCUCUGCCCUUCUGUGGUCACGUACUGCAUGAGGUGUCUCUGGGGCCUGGGAAGGGCCGGGGAAUCUUGAUCCCGCAUUCCCGCUCGUUUCACGAGAGUCAGGCCGCAUCCCGAACUUGCCCGCCAUCGCUAUCCCGAAUAUCGUUGUCUUUCCCAAUCCCGCAUCCGUGCUCAAAUUUUGGCGAAUAGCCCUUCCUGGGCGGGUAGCAAUCAAAUCUCGUAUCCCGCUAACGUUUCCCGAAUCCCGCACUGUAUUUUGGUCAAACCCCGCGCUCGGGAAUACCCUUCCAGACCCUGUUUGUCGUGUGACUUAAGAACCUGUUAAAACACGAUGACAUAUGAUUGAAUACGCAGAUGUAAGCGGAAACUGCCUGCUAGGGGCGACGCUUUUAGUCAGCACCUUCGUGUUUUCCUGACCUGGCGGAAAACACAGGUUUUUGUUAUGAUUUAAUUUCCCAUCUAAGGCUCCGUUUCAUGAACCGCUGAAAUAACCCUUUGUGGUUUGUUGAUGUUUUUUUUCUCCAGGGAAUUAGAUGUGGUAAAUAGAACAGAUGGCAUUCUUAGCACAAUGGAUGGGUUAGGAUCUUCACUUAGCAGUGUACCAAGUACGUCGUGAUGGCUACUAGCCAACCUAAUCAACAUAAUCAAGAAUGCGAUUGUCCUCCAUCCAGAAAGCUGGUCUUCUCUCUGUUUUAGAUGGUUGCAAGUCAUCGGGGUGAAAGUUGCCGAAAGAAAGAGGAAGGAAUAAGAAUUGGAGGGCCGUUACUUGCGCAGAAACAUUAACCGCCCUGUAUAAUUUGUUAUUAUUCCGAAGGGAUGGAAUGAUUCCCCCUCGGAUGGCGGGUUGCACGAGAGAUAUAGACAUAGUCUUCAAUUUGCUCGGGAAUUCUCUCAUAUUAUGCACAGAUAGUUUAGGGAGGUGAAACAACGCGACAUGGAACUAGAAAUACGUAUUAAAGCGCUUCACUGGAUUUGCUUGAUGGUGCCCAUGAUAUUAACGUAGAAUCCACAACUCUCAUUUCAUCAACACAGACGUUUCGUUGGAAAUAUUUUAUUCGCGAAAAUCUGACUGAUUAUUAGCUCAAACUAAUUUCACGUUCUUUGUAACUUCAGCUUAUAGGUACCUUUUUGUAUUUGUCAGCGCAUGCUCUGUGAAGGGAAGUUUUUUUUGUUGUACUUCGAUUAUAACGUGCAUAUCGAGUUCUUUUUUUCUGAACGCCUUUUGUAUUAUCGACUCAGCAUUUAUGUUCAGUUUUGACAGACUGCAUUUUGUUUCACAAAAGGCUGUAGUUGAAGAGAGCGACCAGUUUAAUCGAAGAUGGAAGAAUAUAACUUUAGAAAAAAAACGUCAGUACUCUGCCACUGGGGUAAUAGUGGAAGAGCGGUGCAACUUUUGUGCUUUGCAUCUUUUCCAUGAUCUUCAGAAUAAAAAUAUCGACGGUGAAGCAUUAUAGUCAUCAGAAACAAGCGUGAUCAAUUUGUGUUAUAAUCAACAGGACAGAACAGUGUAAAAAGUAAAUAAACGGUCGACGUUCCCGUAUUUUUUAAAACAUUAUUUAUUGUUACAAAUUAUAGGAAGAUUAUUUGCGCAUCGCGCCUCUAUCGUGUUAACUGUGAUGCGAUAAUUAUGAGGGACAACAUUGAUUAGUAUUCUCCUUAGCUGGGGUUGUGUUGGUCGGGUGGUCACGCAGUGCUUGCUAUAAUAUAAUUGCAUGACAACUAGAGUAACGCAACCCCGGCAAUAAUAGCUGCCAAGUUUAAAUCGAGGCAGUGUUCUUUGUCCAGUGUACUCGGUACAGCGACAAAGUUUUAUUUGAAUUGAG